AUGAGAUUUACUCUGUUCUCCAGUGUCCUCACUCUCUUAGUGAGCUUCGGCUCUCCCCUGCCCGUUCAAGAUGCCUCCACCGUCGCGGUCUAUCCUGAACUGCCACGCCUUGUCAUAUACUUCCAGACGACCCACGACAGCUCCGGGAACCCGAUCUCCAUGCUUCCACUGAUCACGGAACUUGAUAUCGCCCUGACCCACCUCAUCGCGGCCGCCCCGGGCUCCUUCGACUCGACCACCCUCGACAGCGCCGACGAGGCCACCUUCGAGCACUACUACGGCCAGCUGCGCGACGUGAUCGUGCAGUACGGCCUGCAGGGCAUGGACCUGGACGUCGAGCAGUACAUGUCGCAGGCCGGGAUCACGAGGCUCGUGGCGCGGCUGCACGCCGACUUUGGCGAUGACUUCAUCAUCACGCUCGCGCCGGUCGCCUCGGCGCUGUCGAACCAGGGCAACUUGUCUGGGUUUGACUACGAGGCGCUGGAGGCUGCGGCGAGGACUGCUUCUGGGCAAGACAUGAUUGAUUUUUACAAUGCUCAAUUCUACAGCGGUUUCGGCACCAUGUCCAGUCCAUUAUCAUACCAGAGAGUGGUCAAGAACGGGUGGGAGCCAAAGGACAUCGUGGCCGGCCAGCUCACCAGCCCCUCGAACGGGGGCGGCUUCACCAGCGUCGAAAGCCUCAACCAGACGGUCAUCGCGCUAACAGCCGAGUACGGAACGAUCGGCGGCAUCAUGGGCUGGGAGUACUUCAACAGUGUGCCCGGCGGGACGGCUGCGCCGUGGCAGUGGGCCCGGGAGAUGACCGAGAUCUUGAGGCCGGGCUACGGCGUGCAGCUCGAGGUCACCAGCGAGGCAGCCGAGACUUUGGAUACUGCUUGGAGAGAAAGUGUUAUCGAUGCGCCGUCGAGCCUUGUGGAAGCGAGGCCGAAUGUGGAUUACUUUGCAAUGAUCAAUGCGUAG